GGGUGGAGAAAGCAUGGCUCUUACUGCUACUUUAUAGGGAUCCAGACCAAAACCUUGGAUGAAGCUAAAGAUGACUGCAGGAGAUCAAAUUCCUACUUAGCUGAUGUUUCAAAUGCAGUGGACAAUGCCUUCCUUGUCAGCUUGGUCGGGUUGAGACCAGAGAAAUACUUCUGGCUGGGCCUCUCAAACCAGAAUGACAUCGAUCAAUUUGUGUGGACAAAUGCCAACUCAGUGGGGUUUACUCACUGGAAUGCUGAAAUGCCAGGUCACCAACAGGGGUGUGUUGCCAUGAAGACAGGUGUUUUUGCUGGCCUCUGGGAGGUGCUGCCCUGCACUAAUAAGGAGAAAUACAUCUGUAAACAUCUGGCAGAGGGGGCAGUUUUAACCCCUGCACCACCUAGUGUUACCCCUACAAAAUGUGCAGAAGGCUGGACUCGAGUGGGAUCAAGAAACGAUUGCUUUAAG